CCUGUUUCUCUGUGUGGAGGGCUGCCUGGAGUCUCUCAGACUCACCUGCCAGACAACAUCCCCUCUCUCCUCACCUUGUCUCCUAUAUCCUCCUAAAAUUUUAAUCUCCAUCUUGGCCCACGCAGACAAUGCCUCCCAACCUCACCGGCUACUACCACUUUGUCUCACAAAAGAACAUGGAAGACUACCUGCAAGCCCUAAACAUCAACAUGGCUCUGCGGAAGAUAGCGCUGCUGCUGAAGCCAGACAAGGAGAUUGACCAUCAGGGCAACCACAUGACGGUGAAGACCCUCAGCACCUUCCGCAACUACAUUCUGGAAUUCGAUGUGGGAGUUGAGUUUGAAGAUGACCUCAGGAUCAUGGAUGGACGGAAAUGCCAGACAAUAGUAACCUGGGAGGAGGAGCAGCUGGUGUGUGUGCAGAAAGGGGAGGUCCCCAACCGGGGCUGGAAACACUGGCUGGAAGGAGACAAGUUGUAUCUGGAACUGACCGCCAGGGAGGCGGUGUGUGAGCAGGUCUUCAGGAAGGUCAGAUAG